AUGAUUUCCUGCAACCAGACAAGAAUCACUGAGUUCAUUCUAGUGGGCAUUCAAGGUUCUGUCGGUCUGAAUUAUUCACUUUUUGUUUUGUUUUCUGUGAUCUACAUUUUCACAAUAGCUGGGAACGCCUUCAUAAUUGUGCUGAUUUGGGGCUGUGAAAAGCUCCACACUCCGAUGUAUUUCUUUUUGUGUCAUUUAUCCCUUUCUGACAUCUUAUUGUCUACACAUGUGGUUCCAUACUUGUUGUGUACCUUAUUAAGUACAGGCAAAACAAUGCUGGUCAGUGCUUGUGUCACACAGUACUAUUUCGGUUGCUCCUCAACAAUUUCUGAAUGUUUCCUCUUGACGGUGAUGUCUUACGACCGAUACUUGGCCAUCUGCGUUCCAUUACACUAUAUCACAAUAAUGUAUAUUAAGGUUUGUUUCCAUCUUGUUGCUUGGUCUUGGUCACUUGGCUUUCUUCUCAGCCUGAUCUCUAUAAUUCCAGUGUCUCUCAUGGAGUUCUGUGGUUGCAACAUCAUUGACCACAUCUACUGUGACCUUGCUCCUCUCCUUGAUGUCUCUUGUGUGGACACCUACGUCUUGGAAUUAGAAACUAUUGUAUUUUCCAUACCCAUUGUGCUUCUUCCCUUUAUGUUUGUGAUGGUGACUUAUGUCAGAAUCUUCUUCACAAUUUUGAAAAUUUCCACCAAUUCUGGAAGAAGAAAAGCCUUCUCCACUUGUAUUUCCCACAUCAUAGUAGUUACAAUAUACUAUGGAACAUUAAUUGCGAAAUACACGGCACCACCUUCGGGAAGUUCACUAAAUGUCAACAAAAUUAUCUCCCUCUUAUAUACCGUGUUCACACCGCUACUGAAUCCUGCUGUAUAUAGUCUACGGAACCAGGAGAUAAGAGAAGCUGUGCAUAAAUGGGUACAUGUGAAAUGGAUACACGCAUUAGAGUUAGAGGAAAUGGGAUGA